AGUUUUAUCUUCUGGCGAUACCCCGAUGUCCCGUCAAACAGUAGACAUCAUUCGCGAAUCUCGGCCCGGCGAAUCUCUGCGACGCAUCAUGUCCGUCUGUCUCGGCACCGAUCGCUCAGGCGCCAUCGAAUUCAGGCUGCUUAGUAAGGAUAGAAUCGAGGAUGCUCUGAUCGUACAGCAGCAUUCCAUGCGGCACGAGUGCAUCGCGAUCGGCAUGGGUAUGUACGAGGAUCCCGGAGCUGCCGAAGAGAUGCAAUUGGUCUUCAGGGAGGUCAUUAAAGACGGAUGCACGGUGAUAGCGGUUGAUCGAUCGGAUCGCGUUGUCGCCGUGGCGUUCAACAAGUUACAUACAUCUCCCCAGCCAGAAGAGGAUGCCUUUGCAGUUUUUGUAGAAAGUAACAUCAAGCAUCGCUCGUGUCGGGAUCUGAUUGAGUUCAUCGAUGGCAUAGAAUCGCAAGUAGACAUCUUCGAGAAGUACAACGCGCGGGGUGCCACGGAAAUCUUCUACAUAGGCACGGAUCCGAAAUGUCAGGCGCGCGGUAUCGGCUGGCAGAUCACAGAGAAAAGUCUCGAGGUCGCGCGGGGUUUGCGCACCAGGAAGCUGAAGCAGAUCUGUGUAGCCGACAAAAUCGUCAAUGAGCACGUACGACCGGAGGUGGCUUUUGCCGUCGCCGCCUCAACGUACAGCCAACGAAUCAUGGAGAAGCUGAACUUUGAGACGCUUAACGAGGUACGAUACGAAGAUUACGUACGCGGUGGUAAAAAGAUGUCCGACAGAAUAGGCAACGUGCACAAAACAGCAAAAUUAACCGCCCGCAAGCUCUGACGACGUCGGCUUUGAUCCUGGAUUUGCAUAAGUUUUAAGCAAAGUCACUAAUUUUUAUAUCAAAAUAAAGGAAUUAAUAAUUUAAAAUUUAUUCAAAAGA